AUGGAUCAGAAUUCACAGCAAAAUGAUCUCCUUGUUGCCACCAUCCUGAAGCUCCAGGAGACCCAGUCGCAGCUUGUCGCUACGGUUGAGGCUCUAUCUAAUCGUGUGAACGUGGCAUUCCCUGACACUGCCUCGCCCCCAUUCCAAGCAACUCUCGUAGCCAGAUCAGUGAAGAGUGAUGACGGAGACGCCCAAGGCGCUAUCCCGGCAUCUUCUAUCGAAUCUGUUUCUCGGGACGUUGAAGAUGAUGGUGGCAAGACUCAGCGAUCAUCGGAGGCUGCGUCCCCCGUCCAGAAAUCCGCAUUCACGUCUCGUAUUGUCCUCACAACAUAUCCCAAGCAGAUUGGUAUCAACCCUCUUCCCAUGGACUGGGGCAAUCCCGAUCCUUUGAAGAGAGGCCCCGUCGUUGUUUCAAGACUGGCAAAUACUAUUCGUAAACGAAACGGUCCCGGCGGUUCCUAUUCCACUUACUAUGCCUUGGCAGUGGCCAGUAAAGAAUUGAACAUCGACCAUAGGCCGGAUUUCACCAACACGGAGCCCGCCGUCAACGUUGGACCGUUCCCUCAGUGGGGUGACCGAGACAAGAUCGUGGCCAUGGAUCCCUAUGGACAUUUGGCGCCAUGGUUGUUCAAAGACAUCAUUGGAAAGGAUGACGUUGACAUCCGGCCAACCAUUGCCAUCACCAAAGCCCACAUGAAACUACCAGAGCUGGAGGAGAGUGUGAGGAAAGGCCGACUGGUCCCGGAUGGGAAAAUAUGUUUGAACGAUCUCGGCGAACUUGCAGUUACCAAAUUCGCCGUUGAGCCUGUUUGGUAUCUUCCCGGUGUUGCUGAGAGAUUCGGCAUUGAUGAGGGGACCCUCCGCCGCUCACUCUUCGAGCAUACUGGUGGCAGCUAUCCCGAGGUAGGGAUCUUCAAAACACAACUCACGGCACCCGCUAAUUGGCCACAGCUCAUUACACGAGGCGAUCUGAAGCUCUUCCUCCCUCCAAUCGGUGGUCUCACUGUUUACUGCUUCGGCGAUCCAGCAAAGAUGUCAGACGCAAACGUGCGACUCUCUCUUAGAGUUCAUGACGAGUGCAACGGAAGUGACGUCUUUGGUUCCGACAUUUGUACUUGUCGCCCGUACCUCAUUUUCGGCAUCGAGGAGGCCGUCAAGGAGGCGCAGAAUGGAGGCAGCGGUGUCGUCAUUUACUUCAGAAAGGAAGGCAGGGCGCUGGGAGAGGUGACCAAGGUGCUCGUGUACAAUGCGCGCAAGCGAGGAGCCGAUCGAGCAUCGGAUUACUUCAAGCGGACGGAAAACAUUGCUGGAGUCAAAGACAUGCGAUUCCAAGCGCUUAUGCCCGAUAUUCUUCACUGGCUGGGCAUAACCAAGAUCGAUCGUAUGCUCAGCAUGAGCAACAUGAAACAUGAUGCCAUCGUGGGCCAAGGAAUUCCCAUUCAUGAGAGGGUGGAGUUGCCGGACGAGCUUAUACCCGCAGAUUCGCGUGUAGAAAUCGACGCCAAGAUUACAGCAGGUUAUUUCACCGCCGGAAAACGCCUCACGACAGACGAGUUGGAGGCAGUCCAAGGCAGGAUUUGGGAAGAGUAA